AUGUUUUGCGCCCGGUGUCUUCGCGGGACCGCCGUUGCGCGCCGCCAAUUGCCCCUCUCACGACACACCUUCUCACCAUCCUCGCUACGAUUCUACUCAGCCGCCGAACCGCAGCUCUCAACGCCAGCCACCGACGCCGGCGAUGCAUCAAAGCCGGGCUCCACGACGACGUCUUCUCGGUCCAUCUGCCCGGAGGGAACAGUGCUCACGGGGCUCAACUACAUAAAGGGCGGGCAGGAUCCCGUUGCGCUGAAGGAUGAGGAGUACCCGGAGUGGCUGUGGUCGUGCCUGGACGUGAUGAAGAAGGCUGAUGCCGCGGACGACAACCUCGGCGACGAAUUCUCAAAAUCCAAAAAGCAACGAAAGCUCGCUGCCAAGCGCCAAAAGGCCCUCGAAGCCAAGCUCCUCGCCGAGGGCAACCUCGAGGCCCUCGCGCCCAAGGUCCCGCUGCCGAAGCAGUCGGUCAACUUGCCCGGCGACAAGGACGGGAGCGUGCUGGACAACAUUGCGGCGGCGGAGAAGCGGGAGGAGCUGAGGAAGGCGAUGCGCAAGGAGAGGAGGGCCGCGAUCAAGGAGUCGAACUACUUGAAGUCAAUGUAA